AUAAAUUUCCAAUGGAAAACUGAUUUCAUGCAUCAAAAAAAGAGCAUGGAAAACCCACAUGUCAUGGUGAUUCCAUACCCAGCACAGGGCCAUGUAAUUCCACUAAUGGAGCUUUCAUCAUGUUUGCUCAAACAUGGCUUCCAAAUCACAUUUGUUAACAUGGAGUUUAAUCAUCAAAAUGCCAUGGAUAUAUUGGCAUUGAAAGAUGUAGGUGAUGGGAUUCACCUCGUUUCGGUUCCGGACGGGCUUGGUUCGGCGGAAGAAAGGAAACAUCCGGGGAAGAUAUCUCAAGCAAUACCGCAGACCAUGCCAGGGAAAGUAGAGGAGCUUAUUGAAGACAUUAAUGGAUCGGGUAGGAGGAUAAACUGUGUGAUUGCAGAUCAGAGCUUAGGUUGGGCUCUGGAAAUUGCAGAAAAACAUGGCAUCAAACGAGCGGCUUUUUGUCCGGCUGCUGCUGCACUCUUGGUGUUGGGAUUUAGCAUCCCAAAGUUGAUUGAUGAUGGAGUUAUUGAUCAAGAUGGAACCCCGGUUAAAAGUGAGAUGAUCAAGUUAUCACCGGAUAUGCCCCCAGUGAACACAAAGAACUUUGUGUGGGUUUGCAUUGGCAACAUCAAUGCACAAAGAAACAUCUUCAAACUCAUGAUCAGAAACAACGAAUCCAUCAAGUUAACAGAUUGGUUGCUCUGCAACUCAAGCUACGAACUUGAGCCCGCAGCAUUCGCAAUGGCUCCCAAUAUCAAGCCCAUAGGCCCAUUGUUGGCACCACAAAACUCAAAACCAGAUGAUUCAGAUUCAAGUUACCUGAAAUGGUUGAACCAACAGGCACUGCAAUCAGUCAUCUACGUUGCAUUCGGAAGUUUCACAAUCUUCGACACCGCCCAAUUCCAAGAGCUCGCUCUUGGGCUCGAACUCACAGGGAGACCAUUCAUUUGGGUGGUUCGAUCAGACAUAACAAAAGGAAAAAACAAUGCAUACCCGGAGGGGUUUCAAGAGAGAAUCGCCGGUAGAGGCCAAAUAGUGGAUUGGGCAAAUCAGCAAAAGAUUCUUUCACAUCCUUCCAUUGCAUGCUUCAUAAGCCAUUGCGGUUGGAACUCCACGAUUGAAGGUUUAAGCAAUGGCGUCCCUUUCUUGUGCUGGCCUUAUUUUGCAGAUCAGUUCUUCAACCAGAGCUAUAUUUGCGAAUAUUGGGGCGUUGGGUUGGGUUUGGAAAGAGAAGGGAGAGGGGUCAUUAGAAGGGAAGAGAUCAGGAAUAAGGUCGAACAGGUGGUGGGCAUCGAUAAGUACAAAGCAACAUCCAUGGCACUCAAGGAAAUUAUCAUGAACAGCAUCAGGGAAAGCGGUGGAUCUAACAAAAACAUGAAGGAUUUUGUUGAAUGGUUGAAUGCAACUUCACUUGCAUUGCUGGUAACCAAUGGUAUUUAUUAAUACAUUGUAAAAUCAUUGUUUCCACCAAGCUAAUAGUAAUACAUGCUUGAAUGAGA